GUCCAGAUAAAAUCAGUCUUAUAUAUGGUGACUGGAUCGAUGAUAUUCAAUAAACUCAUUUCUUUCGAGUACCGUAACCCGGGACGGUAAACAGCCUUUCUUCGGGACAAUGAAUAGUCGAUAGGGUCGUGCACGUAGGCCUUGGGGGGUGCAUCCUGCAAAACCUUGUUAGAAUGUGGAGUCGACGGCAGAAUCCUUCAGGUGCCGUCGAUGCCGCCGCAGGUGCAGAUAUGAGUAAUGGCCUCGAUCCAGAACUAAUACAAGCUUUCCCUACGUUUUAUUAUUCCACUGUCAAAGAGUUUCGCCGCGAAAAAUAUGGCCUAGAAUGCGCUAUUUGCUUAGGAGAGUUCAAUGAUAACGAUAUGCUUCGACUUUUGACAAUUUGUUGUCAUGUUUUCCAUAAAGAAUGCGUUGAUCUAUGGCUUGAAUCGCAUAAAACUUGUCCAUUUUGUCGCGGGGAGCUAGACGAGCCUAGGCAGUCGUUAGACAAAUCACCUAUGAUUGUCCGUAGCAAUUCCAUGCAUGAAAUCGGAGCAAGCCAAAGUCCAUUACAAGAUGCUGUUUGCAUCGACAUUAGAGAAGAUGAUGAUGACAAGGACACUGUUGGUGAGCGAGAAAAUGAAGCACAAACAUCUUCUAAUACAAAUCAAGAACACAGUAGGAUCCAAAAAUUUUCGAGAUGGAAUUCAACCGGCCACUCCAUACCUAGGACUAGAGAAGAGGAUAGAUAUACUUUGAGAUUGCCUGAACAUAUCAAAAAACAGUUUGUAAGGGGACACAAGAUUGCAAAAAGUUGUAUUACCUUUGGUGAAUUCACAAGCCCUUCCGACUACCGGAAUCAAGGCUCCGGUAAACCAUCAGAGACACUCCAAGGAGACAUCGAUAAAGUUUAAGUUUUUAGGAACUUUUUUUUUUCUUUUAUUCUCACAAAAGCUCAAUUUUGAUAUUAUGUUAGGAAAUUUCUUAAUAGAGUUUAUAUUACAAGUAGUAUGUGACAACAUUUUUCAGUUCUUAUUGAUUUUUUAUUCUCAUAAGAAUUUUUAUUAAUUUGAGUUGAGAGAACCGAAUAUACUUUAUUUUUUCAAA